ACUCACCAGCAGAACUCAAGGAGAUAGUAUGGCAGUUACAAGGACUUUGCCAGGCAAGAGGCUUCCCUCUCCAGAAAUGGAGCAGUAAUUGCCCUCAGCUCUUGCAUGAGCUCGGCCUAUCAACAGAGGAAGAAGUCAUUCAGUUUGAAGAGUCCGUCACCAAGGUACUGGGUCUGUGUUGGCAUCAGUCUUCCGACACAUUCCAGUACAAAUCCAGAGACUUCAAAACAGAGACGAUCACCAAGAGAAUUGUCUCUUCAGAGAUAGCCCAGAUCUUCGAUCCUUUGGGAUUUAUCGCUCCAGUCGUCGUCCAGGGGAAAAUUCUCCUUCAGGAUCUCUGGAAACUCAAAUGCAGUUGGGAUGACCCCCUCCCCGAAGAGUACAUUCACCGGUGGGAGUCAUUCCGCCAGGAACUCACCGAACUAGAUAAAGUUGCAGUACCCAGAUGGCUCAGAAUCUCACCUCAGACAAACGACAUCCAAUUACACGGAUUCGCAGAUGCCUCAACAGUAGCUAUGAGUGCUGUGGUCUACAUUCGCACUCAGAAUCUCAACGAGCAAGCCUCCACAGUUUUGGUCUGCGCUAAGACCAAGGUAGCACCGAUCAAGCGCAUGACUGUUCCACGUCUGGAACUUACUGCAGCUCUCCUGUUAACUCAACUCGUAACAUCAACGCAGCAGAUGCUCCAGCCAGAUCAGGUAGAAACUCACCUUUGGUCAGACUCUGCAGUAGCUCUCGCGAGGAUCAGGAGUCCGGCCUCGAGAUGGAAAGACUUCGUCCACAACAGAGUGGUAAAAAUCCAGGAAACUCUCCCGAAUGCCACUUGGAGACACGUCAGUGGGAAGGAGAAUCCAGCCGACUGCGCCUCCAGGGGCAUAACACCAAGUCAGCUAGCAGAUCAUCACCUCUGGUGGACAGGACCUGAUUGGAUAAAUCAGGACCCUGAAGACUGGCCACGAUCAACUAUCGAUGCUCCACCAAUGGACAUCCCAGAAGUGGCCAAAGAAGCGAAACCAGCAAAAUCUCACCCAGUCGUACAGAGAAUCAACGAGAUUGCCGAGCUCCUCAACAGAUACAGCACGAUGGCAAGGCUGUUAGCAGUAACAGCGACCAUCAACAGGGCUAUCGACAGAUUCAGGAGGCCGCCAAUGCCCCCGGGAUCUAUCUUGACGACCAGAGAUCUCAACGAUGCGAGAUUAUUUUGGGUAAAAAUAACACAACACCAGUACUUUGUUUCAGAACUCAGGGUACUUCUCAGAAAUCAGCAGCUACCUAGAAAUCACCAGUUAGCGAAAUUCACCCCAACUCUGGACGAGGAGGGCAUCAUGAGACUUUGGGGACGCCUCAAGAACUCAGAACUCCAUCCAGAACAGAUCCACCCAAUAAUCUUGCCACGUCAGUCCAGAUUCACCACACUCGUCAUCGCAGAAGCUCACCAGAAGACCCUCCACGGAGGGACACAGCUCACCUUGGCCUACACUCGGCAACGCUAUUGGAUACUCGGUGGCAGGGGCACAGUCAGAGCCUAUAUCCUACGCUGUACUAUUUGCGCCAGACACCGAGCUAGACAGGCUCAGCAACAGAUGGGACAACUGCCCGCAACCAGA